AUGUCGCUUCUUUAUCGGCUGGAAACUCGACUGGAAGCGACAGAGAGCACGUCGGGAGAACUCGAUGGGAGAGGACUGGCAGGGCUUCCUGCGCCACGGGGGGAGCCACCGCAGGAGGACGCGCAGGCACGCACGCCAGGCCACAGUAGACACGCGGACGCCCCUGUAGACUGGGCCGGCAGCAGGCGUCCGCAGAAUCCGCGCCAGAGCCAGCUGCUCAAAAAACUGGGCAGCCUCUGGUCGUGUGCAGGCCUUGCAGAGCGCUGCGGCUCCCGACACUCGGCGACCCCUCUCAGAGCGGAAGACCCCGCGGGCCGCAGGCAGCAGCUCGUCGUCGGCGAUGUCCCGAACGAGGGGGACGGCCCCAGCCUGCCUGCCUCCGCAGAGCUCUGGGUGUCUGCAGACAAACCGGGGCUGCGCAGGGCGCGGCUCUCCCUGGCGGCCGAGGGCGGGGAUCCCCGGCAAUACCAAAAAACUCCGAUCAAUACAUCAACCCCGGCGCCGCCGUGUGCAAAGCAGUCUGUUCUGUGUGGCGACCUAAGCCAACUCGUACUGCGGCGAUGGCCCGGAUGA